CGAACUGUUUACAUAUGUUUAUUAAUAGAAAAAAAAAACAAAUAUUUACGUAUAAAUAAAUAUAAAUGAUAAGCUUAUAAAUUAAAAAUAACAAUCCAUUAGAAUAUAUGCGUAGAUUUUUCCAAACUACUGCUUACACCAUGUCGAAAAGUAAAAAGAAAUCUAAUGCAGCAACAGCUCAAACUGCGGCCGCUACACAGGCCGGCAGCAGCAAUGAUGACCAACCAAUACAAUUGGACAAAAGCGGCAAUAUUACCAUUAAAAUCUUAGCUAAACCGGGUGCAAAACAUAAUGGUAUUACCGACAUUUCCACUGAAGGAGUUGGUGUACAAAUUGCCGCACCACCUUCAGAGGGCGAAGCAAAUGCAGAAUUGGUCAAAUAUCUCUCAAAGGUUUUAAAUCUCAGAAAAAGUGAUGUGUCGUUGGAUAAAGGCUGCCGUUCACGCCACAAGAUUGUAUUGGUUAGUAAAGGAGUCUCAACACCGGAAACCAUAGAGGAAUGUAUACGAAAAGAAAUUGGUUAGAAAUUGAAUUGAAUUAAGUUAAAAAAUAUAAAUUUUGUACUUGUAUAAUUUAUGAAUUAAAUUGAAACUAAUAUUAAACUGCCAGCUAAUACUAUCGUAAA